UAAUGCUAUGACUUAUGUGAAUGCCAUUCCUGAACUGGAUGGCAACAACUAUGAGAAACGGUACCAAAAAUUGGAGAUAGCUCUGGCGAUGGCCAAUAUAGAUUUGGCCAUCACAACGCUAGCUCCACAAGAACCAGAAAAGCAUGUAAGGGCACAGAAUGAAGAAGUUGCUGCUUGGGCUAUCCGAGAGAAGAAUUAUGACUCUUCUAUGACCAGAUAUGAUGCUAACAAGACACGUUGGAAUGAAUCCAACCGCAAGUGUCUUAUGGUCAUGAAGGGUUCCACUUCAGAUGCCAUCAAGAUGGCGAUCCCAGAUUGUGACACCGCUUCAGAAUAUUUAGCAAAGGUGAAGAGUCAGUUUACUGGUUCUUCCAAGACUUAUGCUGCCAUUCUUGCUGAGCAGCUUAUCACCAAGAAAUACACUGGCGGUGGCAUCAGAGAACAUAUCUUAGAAAUGAGCCACAUGGCCAACAAGCUCAAGACAAUGGACAUGCCUUGCCAGAAAAGUUCAUUGUUCAGCUGGUCUUCAAGUCCCUACCAAAGGCGUUUGAGGCAUUUCAUGUCAACUAUAACGCUUUUCCAGAAGAUUGGGGUAUUGACAAGCUGAUUGGCAUGUGCGUUCAAGAAGAAGAUCGCCUUAAGAACGCCAAUGGUGGUGAACUUGCUUUUCAAGUUCAGCACAAGAAAAAUAACUUCCAGCAUAACAAGAGACCUUUCCCACCAGGCAAGAAUCAGCAUGAGAGUGGCCCUUCCAGACCACCUCCACAGAAACUCCAGAAAGAUUGGGAAAAUUUUCUAGUUGACCAAUACCAGUGCCUGAAGUGCAAAAAGAGAGGGCACUACAAGAGGGACUGCCCCGAGUUCCUGAAAGAGUUGUUAAGAAAGGGGAUCAAGUAUGAGGAGGACCCUGCCAAGAGGCGCAAGAAGAAUUAAAGUUGCAAAUGGUGUAGAAGCUGAAGUCGAAGCCAUUGCUGAAUUUCACUUAGAAUUACAUAGCGGCUUUGUACUUUGUCUGAGAGAUGUUCUUUAUGUACCGUCUUUGCAACGAAACUUAAUA